AUGGCCCGUAAGCCCCGAUCCGUGUCUCCCCAGGUUUUGUUGGCUUGGGUCGUUUUGGCGGCUGUUUCGAUCACUCCAUCGACGAUUCUCGCCACCAAGUCCACCAAGUUCAUGGUGGGCGAUAGCAGAGGCUGGGACCAAGGCGUCGAUUACGUAACUUGGGCAAAGGGCAAGACAUUUCACGUCGGGGAUAAGCUUGUUUUCCUGUACAGUGAGACUGUACACAACGUUUUCAAAGUGACGAAACAUCAAUACCAAAACUGUACAAUCCCGUCGUCGGCGAAGCACGCACUAACCUCUGGAUACGACAUCGUCAAGCUGACGUCUCCUGGGAAAAAAUGGUACAUUUGUGGCAUGGCCGAUCACUGUGCCACUGGUGGCCAAAAGCUUGCUAUCAAUGUGAAGCCAUCAAAGCACCACCACUGA